UAUUUCUCCCGUAGGAUCAAGUCUAAGAACACUCAAAGAUGGAGUACCUGGGCCAUACCCAGACAGCCACUUACAUGACUGGUCCUCGGCAGGGGGGAAGCAAUCUGCAAACAUUCCUGCCAAGCAUUAGUACAAUGCAGUCCUCCUACAAAGCCCAUGAUACAUUCCCAGCCCCAUCACCUCUUAGGAGAUCUCUAACCACCCUACCAUGGAGGCCUAGCACAUACUAUCAAACAGCCCGAGUCAACACAAGCUCAGCAUUAACAAAAAGCAUGCCAGAGCCAAUGUCGGCUAAGAAUCAACUGUCGGAAUUGGACAAUGUUAAGGUUCCACCAGUGUUUGCUGCAGCUAGGAAUGCCUUGUAUACUCGUUACACUCCUAAUGAUUGGUAUAGUUCAAACCACAGUAACUACAUGGCUUCUGAUCGAGUUAGGAGUAGUGCCGAGCGUCUUAGGCUUGAUACAGUUCGCCUAUGUAGAGAAACGGACGACAAAACCAAGAGGACCCAGAGUGAUGUUGGCAAGAGGCUAGGUGAGAGAAUAGGGGAUAUACAGUUCUGGAAGACGGAGCUGAACCAUGAGACCGACAACAUGAUCACCGAGAUCAACGCCCUCCAGGAAGCCAAGCGAGUGUUGGAGAAGGCUUUGCAAGAAACAGAAAACCCUCUUCACAUUGCUCAAGAGUGUCUGUAUCACAGAGAAAAGAGACAGGCAAUCGACUUGGUACAUGACGUCCCCGAGAAGGAACUGAUUAAGGAGGUGGAUCUGAUCAAACGCUGCCAGGAAAAGAUGAGGAAUACCAUUGAACGCGCCAACGUUCAACUCGGUCUGGACAGAGCAGCUCAACAUGAGUUAGAGAAAGAUUCAGCUGACAAAUUUGUAGCGAAUAGUUUGGACGAAAAUUGUCAUGGAUUGCGCAAUUCUUCUCGUGGUAUUGCUUACCACAACGGCGUACAGAGAAUUGACAACACAGUAUCUGUGCCUGAAACAUGGGCUAAAUUUAGCAACGACAACAUCCAGCGUUCUCAGAGUGAACGAGCUGCCUCCAAGCAGAUGAGGAACGAGAUCGAAAGUGUGCUCAACUCUUGUGCCAACGACAUGUGGCAAGAAUGGAACUCUGUCAACGUUGCCUUGACCCAGCGUAUUGGAGAGUCUACUGAUGCCAGGAACAAGCUCCAGACUCACCUGUCCAAGGUCCUCCAAGAGAUCUUCGACAUGGAGAAGAACAUCGAGUUGCUGAAGAAGGCUAUCCAGGACAAAGAGGCUCCCAUGCAGGUGGCUCACACUCGUCUGGACACCAGAAUACGUAGACCUAAUGUGGAGUUAUGCAGAGAUCCAGUACAACACAGGCUAGUUGAAGAGGUUGACGAGAUCGGAGUGACUGUGGAACACUUGCAGAACAAACUGCGCAUGGCCGAGUGCGCCCUCCAGAAUUUGCUGCGCACCAAGGCUAGUCUUGAACAAGACUUGUCCAUCAAGAACAACAGCUUGUUCAUCGACCGCGAAAAGUGUCUGGGCAUGCGCAAAACAUUCCCCAUGUCACCACGUGUUGUUUCAGUCUAAAUUGCCAUAAGCUUUAGCGAACCAAGUGAAUGGUGGACUUGUUAUUUCAAUUAUAUUAUUUAUCAUCGGAUGGUUUAUGCAAGAAUCCUUUUAAGCAAAACGAGUAAAUAAAUUCGUUAGUACUGUUAAUGGUUAACAUUUUACUGUUAUCAUAGGACUUUGUUACUAUUCCGAGUGAAGACUAUACUAACUUCGUCUUUCAGUACGAAAUCAAUGUUAACGUCUCUGAUACAGAUGUGUAUACUAUACACAUAACAGCGUCAUUGUCAAGAAACUCUUGUCGGUUCGAUUUAACUUGGAUCAGUAUUGCACAUAUUACUAUUUAUAUUCCUGUAUAUAAUUACCGUUGGGUGAUGAUUCUGUCCACAUAUUCGUGUGUUUUGAUCAGUAUUAUAUAAAGGUGUGGUUACAUACAGCUGUGAUAACAUUAUAGGAGACGCCGUGUACAUUUUCUAAUCAUAUUACAUUUUCGUAUUGGUAUUUCAAAGAAACUUCGAUUAAACUUAACAAUGUGAAACUAAAAUAACAUAAUAUAUCAACUGUUUUUACCGGCAUGAACUUUAUAUCUUCAGUUUUU